UCCUGAGAUAUACGUCGCUUUGGAGAAAAGCGUCUGCUAGAUACAGUAGAUCCAGAUAAGCGCGCGGUAAAUCGAUAAUGCAGUAUCGAUUACAUUUCCCUUGCCCUGCAAAAACAGAGAAUGAAUGAUGGCGGGAUACAAAGUUCAUCAAGCAUUCAAGGGGCUGUUUUUUUCAUUCUCACAGAGCUGUUGCUAUGAUCUGCUGCGUCCACUGGGCUGUAGCAUUUAGGGACACGGAUGGCAAUGUUUGCGAAGGCUGUUCGGACAAGGGCCCUGCUGCGCUCCGCGACACUCGACAUGAUUGGUGCUGCGCGCCGUGGGCUCGCGACGGCCGCCGCCGGAGUGGAGCGCGCGCGCGCUCCGGCCGCGCACAGAGAGCCCGGCGGGCCGCUCCGGGUCCGGACUGUGGACCUCCGCAGUGACACGGUGACAAAGCCCGGAGCAGCGAUGCGUCGAGCCAUGGCCGAAGCACAUGUGGGAGACGAUGUGUUCGGAGAGGACCCCACGGUGAACGAACUCCAGAAGCGAGCAGCGGACCUUUUCGGCAUGGAAGCAGCGCUGUUUGUGCCCUCUGGGACCAUGAGUAACCUCAUUGCUGUCAUGGUCCACUGCUCAGAGCGAGGAGACGAGAUGAUCGUGGGGGACCUCGCCCACCUGCACGUCUAUGAGCAGGGAGGCAGUGCACAGCUGGCUGGUGUCCACGCCACUACUGUAGCCACCAGGUCUGAUGGGACCUUUGACCUCCAUGAGCUAGAGGAUAAGAUCCGUCAUGGCUACCCAGAUCCCCACUAUCCCCGCUCCCGCCUGGUGUGUGUGGAAAACACCCACAACAUUCUUGGAGGCCGGGUCCUGCCUCUCUCCUUCCUCCAAGAGCUGCGCGCUCUGGCAGACCGCUAUGGCCUGGCAGUCCACAUGGAUGGGGCCAGGCUCAUGAAUGCUGCUGUGAACCUGGGUGUGUCUCCACCUGUCAUUUUGCAGCACUGUCACACUGUCAGUGUGUGCUUGUCCAAGGGGCUAGGUGCACCGGUGGGGACCAUGCUUGCGGGGCCAAAGGACUUUGUGCAGAAGGCAGUGCGUGCCCGAAAGGCCCUGGGUGGGGGACUGCGCCAGUCAGGCAUCCUGGCUGCGGCGGGAAUGUUAGCACUGACAGACAUGGUGGACCGGCUGAAGGAAGAUCAUCGGCGUGCUAGAACAUUUGCACAGGCACUGAAGCAGUGUGACCCCCCUAUGUACGAAGUGGACAUGGCUGCCGUGGAGACCAACAUCCUGCGCUUUCGUCUAAGCAGCCCAUGCCUGAGCCCGGCUGAAUUCUGUGUGCGUGCUGAGGCUGUAUGUGAGGAUGAGGCCAGAGUGCUGGGGCAGGGAGUGCGGGUCCUCAUGUUCCCACAUGUCGGGGGCACCAUCAGGGCAGUAUGGCACCUGGGCAUCAGUGAUGAUGAUAACCAAGCUGCUGCUGAGAAGCUGCACUUCCUGGCUCAGCAGCUUACAAAGCAGAGAGUCAGGCCCAAUUAAAGUCUAGGACUCACCUGGCACUAGUUGCCCCACCUUUCUAGCUCACUGUGGGGCCAUGAUGACACAGAACCAGCUGGAAACAGUGAUUGAAACGCGGAGGGGGCUUUGUUGUGAUCUCAAUUAAUGUCACCCUGAAAGUGGAUUGUGGAAGAACUAAAUUUCCUUGUCUCUGGUCUAAGGAUUCAGACGUCAUCUUAACAAGCUUUAGGGUGCUGGCUGUAAGGGUAGUCAUUUGAGCUCAUUGCUGCAGUGCUGAGCGAUUCGGCCAUGACCGUUCCCGUGUUCAACUCCAAGUCCUGUUUGGAAUGGUAGACACAUUUUUUAAGUCUGGUCAUGACUGGUGUAAUUGUAGAAUGUUAAAAGAUUAACUAAUGGAUGAUUAGCCAAGCACUUUAAUCAGGUUGUAGUCAUUUCUUAAUAAAUUACUCUAAAUUAUAAUAUAUAAAAUUAUAAUCCCAAAUCAUUCCAAGUGAAUAAAAUUUUGGCUGUAAGUUUCAUCAUGGUCCUGGCAAAUGGCAGUAUUUGACAGAAUGCUGUUCUGCUGCAGUACCACUUCAGCCUAUGAACAGAUGCCUUCAACUGCUGCAAUAUCCGUAUAUAUUAACUUGGAAAUGAUGGAAAAUGU